GGCUUCCAGCGCGGCCGAGGCACCGAGCAGUCCAGGCCCGGACUCCUGAAACAUCUUUAAAACUUCUUACAAAUUAUCGAUAUGGAGACGAAGUGGAGGCUGGACCGAGACCCGGAAUGAGGCUCGAUCGGUCUGUAAAGAUGUCAAGCUGCCUCUGUGAUUCAGCUCCUGUGACUACGGCAUUCAGGACUUCUGAAUACUAAAAUAGACUGCGGGCAACACAAGAACUCUUCUCAGGAAACACACAGACCCAGUCAGAGCUUCCACAGCUCCUCAUCACUGCAGCCCUUUUGGGGUGGCUAUGGCAGCUGCUGUCACAGAAACCAAGUGCUGGACAGAGGCUUCCCCCACAACGGCAGGACAGACCACUAGUCAUUGCCUCAAGAGACCAUCAAACAGUCAACAAGCAGCACUUAGCAUUAAGUCCAGCACUCUAAGUUAACAAUACGACCGGAGGUCUGUAGGCUGAUGGUCGGCUCUCUGGAAGAUCCUCAUGAGUCUUGUCUGUGUCUGCUCAGGCUCUUGGCCAGAGUCACUGUGCGGCAGCAGAGCCAGUACUGUCCCUUCUAUUAGACCAUGUUUCACCAGCAGGACCAUCUGAAGAGCCAGCUGCAGGAGAGCCACCCAGCAGGCAGGCAGCUCUUCCACUGCCAGGAGUGUGGUAAGCAGUACAACACCCAGCUGGGUUAUAGACGCCACCUGGUGGCAGCCCACAGCGCUACAGCAGGCCUGCCCUGUCCUGAGGGGGCUCCUUCCCUGCUGGAGCACCUGGGCAGUCAUAUUGAUCGGCCUCCACCAUCAGAGGGCAACACUAAUGCUACUGUGCCAGUGAGGGAGAGGAAAUACUCGUGUGAGCGAUGCGACCGCCGUUUUUACACCCGUAAGGAUGUACGGCGUCAUGCUGUGGUGCACACUGGGCGCCGUGACUUUCUGUGCCCUCGAUGUGCGCAACGAUUUGGCCGCAGAGAUCAUCUGACUCGCCAUUUGAAGAAGAGCCAUGCCCAGGAAUCAGGGUUGAUGCCACCCUGUACACCCAGCACUCCUGUGGCUACAACAACCCCUGCCACCCAGUGCCCAGUGAAGGAGGAGCCCAGCCCCGUGGCCUCUGAUAUGAGCUCCAAGGAGCCCAUGGAGACUUUCUCCAGGGACAUGUACAACGCCUACCCCAUGGGCAAUGCUGUCCCUGGGAUGGGCCACCCUCAUGGCCUCAUGCAGGGCUCCUUGUCCUCCAGUAUGGGUGUGGCUCGCCACAUGCCUCCUCAGUCUUCCCACAGCCACCACCACCACCUGCAGCCCCCCGUGGCUUCACAGCAGCAGCCCUACAGCAACAUGGCCAGGUUCCAGCACGGAUCUACCUCAUAUCCUCGCGCUGACGUGGACAGUUUCCUGCUGGACCUGCAGAGUGCCCCCCCACCCCACCUGAGUGCAGUCAACUCCUCUACCUCUACUUCUGCCUCCCCCCAAAGGGAGGUGUUGGGUGAAGGCGUGAGUGCUGGUGGCGAACCCCACUUGCUGUCCAGGAGCCCUGCUAUCUCCUCAACCGAGCUGUCCUGCACCACUAACAUGGACCUCGGGCCUCUCCUGGGCUUCUUGCCUUUCAGCCUGCCGCCCUACAGCCCUCACAUGGGGAUGGGAGGGUUAGUGAUGAGCUAUCCACCUGCCACCACUACCACUUCACCUCCAUCCUCUUCCACUGGGCUCUCCUCCCAGGCUCCAGGCCCUUUCUCCUUUUUCCAGCCUCCACAGGCUCAUGUACCACAGGGUCCUGGAGCCCACAACCACAGCCAGCUACCUCAGGCAUAUAGCAGUCCUGCUAUGAGCACUUCCAGCUCCCUACCUCACUACUACCAGGCCUUUCAGCAGUAAGCAACUCUGUCCCCACAAACGUUGCCUUCAAACAUGUUGUGCUUUUCAAGAAAAGGGUAAAACAUGAGAAUGGCAUUUUAUUGUCAAACAAAUGUGACUUUAGCCUGUCAGUGCUAAUGAUGCUAAUCUUAGGUUUAUUUUAUUUUAUUUUUUGUUUGUUUAACACAACAAAUCACCUCAUCAGUAUUACCUCAUUAUUUAAAAAGGAAGCUUGAACGUUUGAGGGAACGUAGAUGGUCUCACUUCAACCAAAGUAGAGUACCACUUCUUCUUUUUCACAGACCUGUUAACAACAGUGGAUGCACUUAACACACUCGUCACAGGUGCUGCACAAUGCUGGAAGUCCCCUUUUAGAUUAUCAUGGAAAAUGCUACUGUGUUAGGGAAUGUCACCUUCCUUACCGAAGUUGACUUGAGAUUUUCUCAUUUUAGAAUAUUGGAGCAGUAACUGCCUUACAGAGCGAGAAAGUUUAGCAAGUUUCAGCGAGUAUGUGCAAAAAAGAUUGAGAAUGCAAAGAGUACUGUCUGUAUAUGAUAUCUGGUGUUUUACUCACUAAAUUGAUACAUAUGCAGCAAAGAGCUUCCCAUCCAGGCGUCCAGCAUCACACCCAUUAAUGUGUCCAAGUGUAUCAGCAGAUUAUGUCAAGUGGUGUAAAUUCAAGCCUUUACUGUGGAAUUAAGAAUUAGACCUUGUUAGAACAUGGCCAGUGUCUCUAAGUUCAGUCAAUACCCAUGUACAGUUAUUAACUGUACAACCAGCCUACAUGUACUAUAAUUAGUUCACUGAGCAAUUGGUAAAUCAAAAGUGUAACAUAACGUUACUGGAAUUGAAUUGAAAAAGCAUUUGAGUGAAGUCAGACUCUGAAAUACUGAUUUGAAUAUUCAAAAAUGACAGAUGGAGCUUUUCUAGCUAAUGUAACCAUAAUUGCAUAGUGGAAUCUCUUAGGAUUUUUAGAUACGGUUAUCUGAGGUCGUAUUAUCAGACUCCAAUGCAUCAUAGUUUAUUUUUUGGCAACGUAAUGUAGCAUCACUAGAUUAAAAUGCACUUGCCUUUCAUUUUCAACAUUGUAAGCCUUUAAAAGUUGAAUUUAUGCCAAAUCGCACAAGGAGGAAAGCUGGUGCUGUGGGUAAACCUUUUAAAAAGGGUUUUGAAAAAUGUUCAGAAUUCUUGUUGGCCAGAAUAUUUGACAGAAAUCAGAAGUUACUAUUCAGACGGAGAAAUGUUGCUGAGAUAAAAUGCUCUUAAACCCUGUAUAAUGUAUUUACUUUUUUUUUAAUAGUUCACCUUUUAACUGCAAUUUGCAACCAAUGGGUGUACCAAUCUAAAACUUCCGACUUUUUAAUUGCUGUCAGUCACAACUCAUCUGUUCAUCCACUUCUGUAAUGCUCCUCAGAGCAUCUUAAGCCCCUCAGAGAGCAGGGCAGGAGUUUGUGCAUUUACCUUCAAUCUCUUGAAUCAAAUUUCCAUUUGCAGACACUGUCCUAACCAGGUCAUUGAUCACAGGGUUGCUGCCUGUCCCAUAAAGCACAUUAUUUCUUAGGUAUGAUAGAUAUGAGCCCACACUCAGGUGUUCCAUAUGUUAUGGAAAUAAUGUAGAAAAUAAUGAACUCACCUGGUGGUAGGCAAUGAUUUUUAAGUUUGGAGGCAGUAAAAGAAAAUGUAAGUGUAAAAGAAAAUCCUUCAUAAAGUGAUGAACCUGGUGAUUGACUGUCCAUGUUUCAGAUGAUGGCCAACCAGGUCUGUCCCCACUAAUAACUAUAACUAUAAAGAUAACUAUAGUUGUAAUAUUCAUUUUUUUAAACACAUGGAUGGCAGAGUCCACAUCUCAACUAUAACAAACUAUAUCGCUUGGAUUGUUUUCAGAACAAUUUGAUGAAUGAUCAAAGUACUGAUACCAAUAAUAUCCAUGCAAAGUGACAGCUAGUCAAUCAAACUAUAAAAAUAAAGUGUACUUAUUGAAAUCAACAGCAUCUUUCCUCUUGGCUGCCAAUGCAGCGUAGCAGCGGCUACUUUUAAACUGCUUUCUUACACUUCAUAUACUUCUUCAUUAGCAUUAUGAUAGAUGAAAGCUAAAUCAGCUUCUUUGUAUCUUCGGUUUCUGACGAAUCCUUUUAUGUACACUACAGGCCAAAAGUUUUGAAGCAACUUAAAUUUCUGUUCACAAUCGCUUUCUUAAAAACCAGUAUUGAUUCUUUGGAUUGGGAUUCUGGAUGAGUUUACUGCAUGAUCAUACGUUACCUUUUUUCAAUUUAACCAUUUUCCUCAAUUGACCUUUAGGUAUACACUGAUGUUACCAGACCAUUGCUGAAUACAUGUUAAAAGAAAAGAAGGGCUUAGUUUUAGGGUUGAGAAGAUUUGGAAGAGUCACGACUUCAGUCCAAAAGUUAAAAAAAAAAUAAAAAAAUCACAGUUUGCAUUAUUCACUUUAGCUCUUUGGCUUUUGAGAGUUUGGAUACAAAAACCCCAAUAAAUCUCAAAUGUGUUCAUAUCUCUGACAAACUACCACAGAAAGGGCUAAAAUUGAAGCAGCUGAGUAAAGAAACGAGCACAGAUUUAUACACUGAGGAAAGAAGGAUACACAAAGUCUAAGCAAUAAAAACCCUUAAUAAGUACAGUAAAAGUGUUCUAAUAAGUGACUCUUUACAUAGUAAUCACGUUUGUUUUGUUGCAAAGUAUAGCAAUGAAACUAUGAUCUUUUUUGUACAAAUUUGAUCUUGCUUCCAAACUUUUGGCCUGUAGUGUAAGCUAAUUGUUAUAAAGAUAGGAUGAUGAAGCAGAAGGACAUUUAGGGCUUCCACACAGCUGGAGCCGAUGUUUACACAACGUUAUCGUUCAUCAAAAAGUUAUGGUUCUAGUUAUUGUUCUUGGUGUGGAUGGUCUUUGAGUAAGAUGGACCUGGAUCAAGGCUUGAUAAAUAUGUGAUUGUGGUAUGUGACAGCCCUUACAACAAUCAUUGGAACUUGUCCUUAAUUAUUUCAAGAGCGCCAACUCUGUAGACUAGAAUUACAGUGGUGGGUAUGCCGACACCUUUGAUCCAUGUGUGCCUGGCUGUGUUGUUUCUUAUUGGCACUGCCGAUAGAAAACUCACCGCAAACCAGUUUUGAACUUCUGGGAAACCAAAAAAUCUGAAAUGUUAAUUGUCAGUCAUUCUCAAAUUGGAGUUCACCUGUUUGUUCACACCUUGUGCCAUUGUAAGGAACAUAAAUGGACUUUUGUUGAGCAAUCUAUAUUUGUUUCUGAAGUAGAGGUCAUCCAGCCCUCUCCCCCAUUUUUAUAUUUCCCAUAGUGGAAGGUGGCAGCCCUUGCUACAUGAUGUGACCUGGAGCAUUGGGGAACAACAUUGUAAUAAGGCAAAGGGGAGUUCCAAAGCCCUUCCUUAUGUUUUGUUCUUUUCAAACUGGACCACUGGAUCCGAGCAGGUUUUAACUGUGACAUGCUUGCUGUGAAUUUUUAACUUUAUUUCUGAAUAUGAUUCAUUUCGAAAUUCUACAAAAGUCCUUCAAGAGCACUUGUACCUAUUUCCUAGAUUUUACUUUGUGACUUGUAUUGACCCCCAUUCCUCCACAAGGCUGUGGUUUUACAUCUAAAGAGUAUCUGUUCAAAGUAGGACUGGAGGUGAAUCUGCCCCGCCCCCCUCCUCUCUGCUGCAGAGGCUCAGGAGAGCCAGAGUGGAAGCAGCUGAGGAGGUGUUGGUCUGUUGAGAUUCAAGGUUCCUCUAACAGUCACAAUGCAGCAUGGGAAGAAAAAUGGAACCAAACCAGCAGCCCACCAAUAAUGGAUGCUCCACUCAUAAAAUUGGUCAAGUGUGGUGGAGACGGAGAAGCCCUCCAGCUGGAUGCUGCGAGUGAUGAUGUGAUAUUGGAAAAGAAGAUAUUUAGAGAGAGAAAUAUUCGGAUGAUGCUCUCCCUUCUGCCUUAAUUCCAUAAACUGUAUAUUGAAGGACUUCUCUCACUAGCAUGGUAACCAGCCUCCAAGUGUUGCACCAAUGUCUUAAAAUACUACUGUUGUGCCUCUCUAAGAGUGUCUAAUCUCCUGACUGGGUUUAAGCACUUAUGACAUAAGACUAAAAAAAAAAAAAAGGUUGAAUUUGAUCUGUACCUCAAACAUGCAGAACUGUGGGUUUCUGUUUUUAUUUGUAUUUGCUCCUAGUUAUUUUUGGCUCUUUCUUGUGCCAUUAGAUUGAAACUAUAAAGGUAGAUUUUUAUGAAUCUAAACUCUUUAUCUAGCGACAGACAUUGACACUAUAAUUCGGUCAAAUUUUCUACCUCUAUCUUGUCAUAUAUUUUUCUGCAAAAAUCAUUAGAAAUAGUUUUAACCUGUAACAGUUAAGCAUAUUUUACCACUGUUGAAGAGGGGAAUAUGUCUGAAAUUCAACUUUGAAGGACCAGGUACUUGGGCUGGGCAAUAUAUCGAUAUUAUUUCUGAUACCACGAGAAGAGACUGGAUAUCGUCUCAGAUUUUGGAUAUCGUAAUAUUGUAAUCCGGCAUAAGUGUUUUAUUUCAUUGCUUUUAAAGGCUGGAUUACAGUAAAGUAUUGUAUUUUUCUGAAUUUACCAGACUGUUCUAAGUGUUCCUCAUAUCCAUAUUACUGAUGAGAAUAUAUCAAAAAUCUCUGUUGCAAUACUGAUAUUGAGGUAUUGGCUGACAAAUAUCGUGAUAUUUGAUUUUCUCCAUAUCGCCCAGCCCUACCAUGUAUGCACAUGUCCUAGUGGUGUAUUCCAGAGUCAAAGGUUUUUCUCUAUACUUGCCUUUAAUGAUAUUUCUACUUAUUUACUACCUCAGAGAAGAGACAGUUAACUGUCCAUCUAACUGCAGAAAAAUGUCUGUGUAGAGUUUUAUUUUUGUCAGAACAAGCACAUGUACUUUGUAGCUCCAUAGUUGUUUUUCUUUUUUUUAAGUUUUUGUUUUGUUUGUUUUGUUUUUUACUGAGGUUAGAUUUCAGCUGAAUGAAUGAUGUCUAGCGCAACAAGUACCACAUUGCCUGGCAGUUCACACAAGUGUCUCUGCCUCUUCUGUCUGGAAUGUUUCCUCUGUUUAGGAAUCUGGGCCUCAUUCACAAGGAAUUCAGCAGUUGCAUGUUGGAUUGAACAGACAACACUUUGUCACUGUGGAUAUUCAGCACCGCACCUGAAAGCAGGGCAGCAUGCACCUCUACAGCAAAACCUCAGCUCGGCUCAUAAGUGCCUCAAAAGAUGUUCACUACGGGCCAAAAGUUUGGAAGCAACUUAAAUGUUGUGUUCACAAUGACUUUAUUCAAAACCAGUAUGGAUUCUUUGGAUGUGUUUACUACAUGAUCAGACUUUACCUUUAUUGAAUUGAACCAUUUUCCUCAAUUUAGCUUUAGGUAUACAUUGAUGUUAUCAGACCAUUGCUGAAUAAUGUUAACAGAAGAAAAGAAGGGCUUAGUUUUAGGGUUGAAAAUUUGGAAGAGUCACAAAUUUAGUGCAAAAGUAAAAAAAACAAGUCAUAGCUUGCAUUAUUCACUUUAGCUCUUUGGCUUUUAAAGUUUGGAUGCAAAAACUCCUACCAAAAACAAAUGACCACAGAAAUGGCUAAUAUUGAAGCAGCUGAGUAAAGAAACAAGAGUUCAGAUUUAUACAUUAAGGAAAGAAGGAUACACAAAGUCUAAGCAAUAAAAACACAAAGUCCUGAUAAUUAUAGUAAACAUGUGACUUUAUAUAAUCACAUUAAUUUUGUUACAAAGCAUAGCAAUGAAACUAUGAUCUUUUUGUACAAAUUUGAUCUUGCUUCCAAACUUUUGGCCUGUAGUGUAGGCCGGGCAUUAUCGCAGCUGGUUUUUCUAUGAAAACUAUGGUCUCUUUUUCAAAUAUUUCAGUGGUAGGAGACCUUCAGCCCCCUUGUAACACUUCAUUGUUGACAUGGAAAGUGACAGGGUGUUGUAUUGGUAGCCUGCCUACUCUAAUAAUGCCACACACCUGUCCAAUCACUGCGCCAAGUGGCUGUGAUUGUUGAAUUGUGUGCUUUGCAAAAUUCUGCAGCCUAGUUGUGAUGCAGAAAGGGCGUUUCAGGUGCUGUGAGAUGACCCAGGUUUAUUCUUUUGACUAUAACCACCGUCUUGUCUUGCCUAGGUUAAAAUAUUAAUUUCACCAAGCCUGAGAGGUGGCACAUCAGAAAACAGUGAUAUGAAUAAUUUUUCUAACAGUUGUUAAAGGCACUGGCGGAUGCUGUUCUUUUGCUGAUAUUGCUAGAUAAAAUUAUUCCAUGGAUCAAAAAUAAAUCUGUUUAAUGAAAUAACUGGAAACAUGGGUCAAUGAGGGCCAGCAGCAUUAGUUUUUCCAGAUGGAAGGUGACUCCAGCCCUGGUUUCUACCAGUCUGAGUCAUUAACAUGUUACCUAGUGUCUUAGGACAGUGUGUCUGUACAACAACAUGAAACCUGUUGAAGCAUCCCAGACGGAACAUAGAGAAGCUGUGCAGAGCAGAGGAUCCCCAGAUUCAUUUCACUAAAUGAUUAUCCAGUACUGUUGUGUUACCUGCAUUAAGGUCGGCUCUGAGAACCACCACGAUGCAGGUGUCGACACCUUUAACUUAGAUAUAUUUUUGCUUUAGGUGUUUGUAUUAUCACUUAAUAGAUUUUAGAAGACAGUGAAAGGAAAAGUUGUCAUUUUCUGAUUGUCUGAACAUAAAGUAAUACAAAAUUAAUAAAUCUUUAGAUUUC